UUUGGUGCUUCCUUCACAGCAUGAUCUGUCUGCUGUGCAUCCGGACUGUGUCCUCUGUGGACAUAGAGGUCUCCCUGCAAGUGCUGGAUGCCGUGGUCUGCUACAACUGCCUGCCGGCCGAGAGCCUCCCUCUGUUCAUUGUCACCCUCUGUCGCACCAUCAAUGUCAAGGAGCUCUGUGAGCCUUGCUGGAAGCUGAUGCGCAACCUCCUGGGCACCCACCUGGGCCACAGCGCCAUCUAUCACAUGUGCCGCAUCAUGGAGGACAG